AUGCGUCUUGAUAAAUUGCGUUGCCUAACGGCUAUAAUUAUACAAAGAUCAGCCGUUGAUUCUGACUUUUUUUGUUUUUGGCAAUAUCAACAAACGCAAACGGAGAUACAGAAUAUGGCUUUAGGUAGGGAUGAUCCAGAGUUGUUUAUCCCACAUGAAGCAUAUGCUGUUGCUGAGGCUCGUAAUAGGCUAAGCUUGAUUGCUAGGCCCCUUAACCCAAGAGCUCAAAACCUCUUUACUGUCAUUUCUUCACUAUCAAGAACAUGGGGUUUAACUUCAAGAGUCCAUGGAAGGGUUCUAGACGGUACCUUUGUUCAAUUUCUCUUCCGUUCUGAGAUGGAUCUUAUAUCAGUGCAAAGAAGGGAACCAUGGAUAUUCAACAAUUGGUUUGUGGCCUUUCAGAGGUGGGAGGACCAUCCUGACCUGGAUUUCCUCACAUCAAUAGAUCUUUGGGUGCAAAUGAGAGGAAUCCCUCUUGCUUAUGUUGGUGAAGAAACUGUUAUGGAGAUAGCUCAAGUGCUUGGUGAAGUUAUUGAAAUGGACUUUCAUGAAGCCACUACUACUCAGGUAGCGUAUAUCAGAGUUAGAAUUAGAUUUGGCAUAACUGCCAGUCUAAGGUUUUUUCGAAGAGUCAGGUUUGAUUCGGGUGAGAGUGCAGUAAUCCGAUUUCAGUAUGAGCGUCUAAGAAGAAUUUGUAGCAGUUUUUUGAGGUUCACUCAUCACAGGAAUUAUUGUCCUUAUCGUCAACCUUUACCUGUCACAAACACUGGUGCUACAAAUCAUAUAACUGAUGGGAGGGAAAGAAUUGCUUUGCAUGAUGAAAUCCAUAGGUCGGACAUGAAUUCACAAUCUCGGAAUUCUGAUGUUUCCUUCCCUGCACCAAUUUCUCAACCUCCAAGAGUUGAUACGCCACCUCUGAAUUCAAAUGAAAUUGCAGCAGCAAGUCCGUAUUUUCAUCCUUCAAGUGAUGGAAAGUUGCAGAAUUUUGCUGUUCCAAUUCCACAGGCUCCUUGGAGAAGAAAUCAAGCUUCAUCUGGAUCUAACAUUACUCCAACAACUGAGUAUGAGAUCAAUUCACGAGUUUCAAGGAAGUUUGAAGUUGGAGAAUGUUCAAGGAGGCAUGAAGAAGGAGAAACUGUAAAGAGCCAUGAAAUGGAGGAAUCUCAAAAGCGCAAAAUCUCAGAAGUUAGGAAGAAUGAGGCAGAACAAACGAAGCAAAAACAAAAGGUUCAGGAGCAUAGUAAGGGAGGGAUUCUGAAACCUCCAAAGAAACGUUAA